CGACCCUCUCCUCGAUUCUUCAGCUCACGCCCUCUGCAGCCUAUCCAACGGGCUUCUCCCCCGCACGAUGGCGGUAUCCCCGCUCCCACCUGCCCCUCUGGCGCUGGCACUCUUGCUCGGCGGCCUGGGGUGUCUCUUCAUCCUGCUUGCCCGCCAUGUCCUUCCUCGCGCUCUGUCCUCGGUCGUCCCGCCAUGGCGCGCAAGACAUACUCCAACCCACCUUCUGGUCGUCCUCGGGAGCGGCGGACAUACCGCCGAGAUGUUUUCGAUGCUCCGGCGCACGAGGCUCGAUUGCUCGCAGUAUACGUAUCGUACAUAUGUGGUGAGCUCGGGGGAUGACUUUAGUGCGCGAGCGGCGAUUCGGUUCGAAGCCGACCACCCAGGGCCCCAAUCGUCCGCAUCGUACACCAUCGUGACGGUGCCACGCGCGCGUCGCGUGCAUCAGUCCUACGUGACAGCUCCCUUCUCCGUGCUGCAAUGCUUCUACGCCUGUCUGCUGGUCCUAUGCGGGCGCCAUCCCGAUCAGCCACCCUUGCCGCCCUUGCUGGCCUCCCCGUAUCCGGAUCUCGUUCUCACUAACGGUCCUGCCACGGGGGUCUGCGUCAUCCUAGCCGCCAGACUCCUGCGGCUGUAUCAUUCUCUGGUGGCGUCCUUCACGCCCAAGAACCGCCUGCAUGUCGCCAACUCGGCCGACCGAGCAGCGGGCAACCGAUUGCUAAUGCGGGACAGUUGCCAGCUUCGUACAAUCUUUGUAGAGUCCUGGGCGCGAGUGACCAGCUUGAGUCUCUCGGGCAAGCUGCUGCUCCCCUUCGCCGAUCGAUUUCUCGUCCAAUGGCCGGCCCUGGAAGGGAAAAGGGCGUGGAAAGGCAUGAGACCGACGGAGUACGUGGGUACUCUUGUGGAAUGACCAACAGACCGGCCGUCGGUUCCUGUACAGUAUGACGUAUACUUGUAGAUACUACAUGAAUGCAAAAUCCCUGGCUCC